CGCCUUCCGGUGUCGACAAUCACAUGGAAAUCGGUAUCCCAUCUGUUGCGUUGCGAAUGCGGACGUAAUCGCACAUACACCGGAUCCUAAUCAUCAUCGGCACUUUGCAAACACUUCUCGCCCAACCAACAUGUCCGAGCUAUACGAUACAGAUUUUCACUCAAUAGCUAGUAGAUUUUGCCUUUUUUUUCGUGUGCAAAGGGCGCACCAUGCGGAAUUCCGCGGAAGUGGUUCGAUUGGGGGUCUCCUCCGAAGAAGAGUGUACGUACAGGAUUCUGGUGGAGAUGGACUAACAAUUGGCCCCAGGGUGUUUUGA